AUGACUGAAAAUAAAGAAAGAAUUUUACGUAGUGAAUUUUGGAUUCAGAUUUAUUAUCUCAUUAUUACAUUUGGUGUGAUUAUAACCCCAUUUAUUGGGUUUAUUUUUAAAAAAGUAAAGUUUGAAAAUGAUUUAUUAACUAAUCACGUUUUUAUUGUAGUGAUGUCUUUUAUUAAUUUUGUUAUUGGACUUCCUGUUUUGUUUACAAGAGUACUAGUCAAGUAUGUUAAUAACUACAAAGAACCAAUGGUAACUCAAAUUGCAAGUUACUUUGGGAAAUUUAGUUUAAAUAUCAUUACCAAUAUUUGUAUUUUAUUUAUAUUAUAUUAUUUUUCUUUCCAUGGAAUGUAUAUUUUAUUAACAAUAAUCAACUGUUGUUAUUACUUUAUUACAAAUAUCAUUUUAAUUCAUAUUGUCCUUCCACAACAAUCUAAUCAACAACUAGAAAAUGAAGAGAUUAAAUCAAUGAUUGAAGAGACAUGUAAAGAAUAUCAUAUCUCUUUAAAAAAUAUUUAUGUAAGUGAUUAUAUGGCAAUUUCAUUUUGUGGGAUUGAAGAACAAAAAACAUUACUGAUUGGAAAACAAUUUAUUGAACAUUGUUCAAAAGAAGAAAUUAAAAGUUAUAUAAUCUUUAAUAUUAAUAAUAACUUUGAUAAAUCAGUUAAAUACACAUUAAUGGAAUCAAUUAAUGUGUUUUGUUUUUACUAUUUGAUUGAAUAUCUUUGUUUCAAUUCAAAUCAAUUCUAUUCAAUUGACAAUCAAUAUAUUUGUAUUGGAAUGUUCCUUGUAUUAUACUUCUAUGAAAACUUAUCUUAUUUCUUUACAAUGACUAUAAAUUCUAUUGAAUAUUACUUUAACAUUUCACAAUUAAAUAACGUCCAUCCUUCUCAACUCUCUUAUUUUAAAAGUUCAAUUCUUCAUCUUCUUCAAUCGCUUUAUUUCUAUGGUGAUGAAUUGAAAAAACUUCACCACUUAGAAAAACAAGAAAGAUUAAUUGAACAAACAAGAGAAUUAAAAUAUAUGAACCCUUUAUACCGAGAAGGAGAUGAUGAUGACGAAGGUCAUGAUGAUGAUUGUGAAUGUGAACAAUGUGAAUUUAAACGAAGAAUAGUAGUGCAACGUCAAUUACUUCCCAAUAAAGAUAAAGCAAAUAUUGAAGAUUUGUGUAAUGACUUUUUGUCUCUGAUUGAAAACUCUCCUAAUCCUUCUUUAUUUCAUCUUUUAUCUACUCUUCAUCUAAAUGAAAAAAAAUUAAUUUAA